AUGACAUCUAAUGUCCCCACAAUCACAAUUGCACGUUGGCUGAACACAUUUGCGUACCUGAAUAUAUUCGACUACAAAUCGAACCCUCUCUUACCUACGAACAUGGCCAUCCCGCAAGACCCCGCCACUGCGAAUCGGCCAUCAAAAACGAAGGGCACACAGCUAGCACUCGAAGAAAAUAGCGACAUCGCGCGAAUCAGAAAUUGUCUCCAAGGUGGCGCAGACGCAGCCGAGGUCGCAUCGGAAGGAUACCGCGUCUGUCGCAUCAACGCCUUUCUUCGGCGCGACCUUCAACAAGCCCGCAAUGGGAUUCGUAAGAACCGCGUCGACAGACAGACACAAUCUGUUCAAGAAGAUGCUCUCAAGGAACUACGUGAUGAGUUGCCCGCAACGCGCCAGAUGCUCGAGCGCCUCUGGGGUUUGCUCGAGCAGCGGAAGGUCAAGAUACCCGACGACGUCAAGGCCGACUAUCAAGCGCUGAAGGCCAAGGACUCGCAUGACUGGCAGCCCCGGCAGAGGGUCAGGACAGUGAAAAGCGUAGUGGCAAAGGGCAAGAGAAUCGAAAACCCCAAAACGAAGACGGAGAGGAAGGCUGAAAGACAGCGGGUCGACAAAUUGCACAAGCGUCUCGAAGAAGGGAAAGCCAAGCAGACCAAGUUUCUGUUACACACCCCAGACGGCGAAAUGUACGACGCACGGAAGCCUGUCCGUAUUCCAGACGAAGCUGAAGACGAUGACGUUGCCGGCGAGCAGAUGACAGCGGAAGAGGCGGCAGCCAUCGAGCAUGCCGACUUCAUGAAGAAUGGCAGUUCUUACCGACCCCGGGCGCUUACUCCACCGUCUGGGCUUGUCGCGAAGAACGUCGUUGCGGGAGUCAAGCGCAGGUCAAGCGAUUCGAAUCCCUUUGCGACACUCAAAAUGGGUGAAAUAGAAGGCGUGUUCGUGUCGAUCGCCGAGAGCCAGUUGGGAUGA